AUAAAAAUACCACCGUAUUUUUAAAUUGAGUAAAUGGCAUGCAAUGGCUCGUAGGAACUAUUGACAAAGUAAGAAUUCAUAUAGUAGCCCCUUUUGAAAUGGGGUUAUUGAAUUUUUCUUCAACGAGGGAAUGAUUUCCUCAAAAAGGGUCAUUUUAGACUUAAUAAUUCAUAGAUGCAACAAUCUUAGAUCCUUCAAGCAAGUCCAUGCCCAAAUAAUCACAUCCGGUGCCAUUCUUGACGAUUUAGUAGUAAGCAGAGUCUCCCAAUUCUUGGGAAAAUCUGUUGAAUUUGUAGAUUACGCUUUGGAAUUCCUGAAUCAAAUCGAUCCCUGUUCGAGGUCGUACCCAUUUAAUACUUUAAUUUCUGGCUAUGCCACUAGUAAUUCGCCGAAGGUGGCAUUUUUAGUUUACAAACGAAUAAUUGGAGAUGGGUUUCUGCCCAAUUUGUUUACUUUUCCUGUGGUUUUGAAAUCUUGUGCUAAGUUUUCUGGCAUUGAAGAAGGUAAGCAGAUUCAUGGUGUGGUUGUUAAGAUGGGUUUUUCAAGUGAUCUCUAUGUUCAAAACUCUCUGCUUCAUUUUUAUAGCACUUGCGGUGAAUGCCGUGUUGCCGGUGAGGUGUUUGAUGAUAUGCUUGUGAGAGAUGUGGUCACUUGGACUGGUUUGAUAUCUGGGUGUGUCAGGGCGGGUCGGUUGGAAGAGGCCGUAACGCUGUUUUUAAAAAUGGAUGUGGAGCCUAGUAUAACAACCUUUGUUAGUGUGCUUGUAGCUUGUGGGCGACUUGGGUAUUUGGUUAUGGGGAAGUGUAUUCAUGGGUUGAUUUUUAAGCAUGGAUUUGGAGCAAAUUUGGUGGUAAGCAAUGCUUUGUUGGAUAUGUAUGUCAAGUGGGAGUGCUUGUGUGAUGCAAAACAGCUCUUCCAUGAGCUCCCAGAGAGAGAUAUCAUUUCUUGGACUUGUUUGAUAAGUGGAUUGGUGCAAUGUAAGUGUCCAAAGGAGUCGUUGCAAUUGUUUAGUGACAUGCAGAUUUCAGGCAUUCAACCUGAUAAGGUGAUACUUACUAGUGUGCUCUCAGCUUGUUCAAGUCUUGGGGCUCUCGACUGUGGGAGAUGGGUCCAUGAGUAUAUUGAUCGUAGGGGCAUCAAAUGGGAUAUUCAUAUUGGAACUGCCAUGGUUGAUAUGUAUGCAAAAUGUGGUUGCAUAGAGAUGGCACUGCAGACCUUCUAUGAGAUGUCUGGUAGGAAUAUCUCUGUUUGGAAUGCCUUGUUGGGUGGUCUAGCAAUGCAUGGACAUGGCCAAGAGGCACUCAAACAUUUUGAGGAAAUGAUCAGAGUUGGGGUGAGGCUCAAUGAGGUGACAUUUCUUGCCAUUUUGACAGCUUGUUGCCAUUCUGGUUUGGUUGACCAAGGUCGUAGGCACUUCUAUCAGAUGAGUCAAGACUAUAAUCUCUCUCCAAGGUUAGAACAUUAUGGAUGCAUGGUUGAUUUGCUUUGCAGGGCUGGCCUUUUGGAAGAAGCUCAGGAUAUCAUCAGAGGUAUGCCCAUGCCACCCGAUGUGCUCAUAUGGGGAGCUCUUCUUAGUUCUUUAAAUGUCAAUGGAAAUGUGGAACUCGCCCAAGAUAUAUUAGACCGCCUAUAUGAGCUUGGGUCACAGGAUAGUGGAGUUUAUGUCCUUCUCUCCAACAUACAUGCUACUAAUGAAAGAUGGGAUGAAGUGAAAAGGUUGAGGAGAUCGAUGAAGGAGAAAGGUAUGAGAAAGGUCCCCGGGUCAAGUGUUAUAGAGGUGGAUGGUAGAGCUCAUGAGUUUCUAGUUGGAGAUACUAACCACCCUCGAAGUGAGGAUAUUCACACACUGUUAUAUGUUCUUGCUACCCAAGUCCAACUUGAAGGGCAUUUUUCUCACCAAUUCUUAUAAAAAAAUGUAUAAUUUGUGGCAAAACUAAGGAACUUUUUGGUUGAUUUUUUUUUCUUCUCACUAUAAUUAUGUGACAACUUGUGUUAUACCAAUUCGUGAUUUCUAAAAGUGUGCCUUCUUGAUUUCUGUAAGUGUGCAUCCUUCUUAAUCAGUGGGACAAUAGGUUUUACAUAUGCUACAAAAGAGAUUUUCCACCUUUAAAGAUCAUGCCUCUGCUGGGUAGCAUGUGGAAUGGAAGAGGACAAACCUUUUUGGACAGUUAAUCCAAGUCAGAAAGUGUUAUUGGAACAACCAGCCUUAUGAUGAAACACUACUUUCACAGGACACGUACCAUCAAAAUCUGAUUAUUCAUAUGGUACAUAUUCAAGAGGAAGUAUACAACAUAACAUAGUGUGUUCCAGACCAUUUGAGAUAUUGAAGAGGAAAUAAUGAAUGCUAAUGUCAAUUUCAGAUUAUGAAGACAAACAUAAGUUCUGGACUUGAGAUGACGUGAAGCCAAGUUCAUUCAAGUAUAUAAGUAAUGGCUACAGGAAGUGGAGGUCAGUACAGACAUGUGAGUUAUGCAAUGGGCACCCAAAAAUAAAACUCCAUAACUCGGAGAACAUGGGUUUGGGGUUGUGGAGUUUUACCUCUGCUGCUCUACUGGGAAUUAGCUUCUUUCACGGUUCUUGUUUCUCAGAGAAAG